UAUUUUUUUUUUUGACAGAUGUUAAUAAAAAUUAUUUCAACCAGAGGGCACGAGGGUUUGUUUCCGGUUUUCUCAAACUUCCGAUCAGCUAGCUAGCAAGAGGUUAUAAAGAGGCAAUCAUGACACAAUUAACGUGGGAGGAAAAAUAUAAGCUAAUAACACGAAAUUUAGCCGAAUGGUUGGGCGAUGAAAAAUUGAAAACAAUAUUAAAACAACGUGAUAUGAAAAUUUAUUGGGGUACAGCAACAACGGGAAAACCACAUAUUGGCUAUUUUACGCCAAUGUCAAAAAUUGCCGAUUUUUUGCGUGCUGGAGUUGAAGUGACAAUUUUAUUUGCCGAUCUUCAUGCAUAUCUUGAUAAUAUGAAAGCGCCUUGGGAAUUAUUGGAACUUCGUACGCAAUAUUAUGAGGCUGUUAUUAAAUCAAUGUUGAAAUCAAUUGAUGUUCCUUUGGAUAAAUUGAAAUUCAUUAAGGGCACCGAAUAUCAAUUAACAAAAGAAUAUUCAUUGGACGUUUAUCGAUUAAGUUCAAUUGUAACUGAACAUGAUGCAAAAAAAGCAGGCGCCGAAGUUGUUAAACAAAUUGCAAAUCCACUUUUAUCGGGUUUAUUGUAUCCAGGACUUCAAGCAUUGGAUGAGGAAUAUUUAAAAGUUGAUGCACAAUUUGGCGGUGUUGAUCAGAGGAAAAUUUUUACAUUUUCUGAAAAAUAUUUACCAUCAUUGGGCUAUGAAAAGAGAAUUCAUUUAAUGAAUCCAAUGAUUCCUGGAUUAGCUGGUGCAAAAAUGUCAUCAUCUGAGAAUGAUUCGAAAAUUGAUCUUCUUGAUAAUGCGGCAUCGGUGAAAAAGAAGUUGAAAAAAGCAUUUUGUGAACCAGGAAAUAUAACCGACAAUGGACUUUUGUCUUUUUCGAAACACGUUUUGUUUCCUUUAUUUAAAAAUGGAGAAUCUUUUCAAAUUUCAAGAACCGAGGAAUUUGGCGGUGAUGUGAAUUUUUCAACAUACGAAGAACUUGAGGCAGCAUUUAAAAAAGAGGCAAUACAUCCUGGUGAUUUGAAAGGUGCGGUGGAAAUUUACAUAAAUAAACUUUUGGAUCCAAUUAGAAAAGAAUUUGCCGACGAUCCAAAACUUAAGGCAUUGAGUAAUAAAGCCUAUGCCGCUCCUCAAAAACCAAAACAAAUUGACGAAAUUGUUCCCUCAAGAUUGGACAUAAGAGUGGGAAAAAUAGUCGAAAUCACAAGACAUCCAGACGCAGAUUCUUUAUAUGUGGAAAAAAUUGAUGUUGGCGAUGCAACUGGUCCAAGAACAAUAGUCAGUGGUCUCGUUAAUUUUGUGCCAAUUGAAGAAAUGAAAGAUCGAAUGGUUGUUGUUCUCGCCAAUUUAAAACCCGCAAAUUUACGCGGUAUCUCAUCACACGGAAUGGUUCUCUGCGCUUCUGUUGAUGAACCAAUACGAGCAGUUGAACCAUUAAGACCCGCAGUGGGAAGUGUUGCAGGCGAAAAAAUAAUAAUCGAAGGCUACGAAAAUGGAAAUCCCGACGAUGUUUUAAAUCCAAAGAAAAAAGUAUGGGAAAAAUUACAAGCCGAUUUAAUUGUUAAUGGUAAUGGCGAGGCAAAUUGGAGUGGAAAUCCCCUUCUAUCAACAUCGGGAAAAAUCACAGCCGAUAGUUUAAAAAAUGUUCCAAUCAAGUAAAAAAAAAAAUUACUUUUUUCACAUUUUUAAACUUCCAGCAUUUAAUUUUUUUUUAAAUGUUAGUAACAUAUUUUUUUUUUUUUUUAAUCUGAUUUAAAAAAAUAAACUCCCUUUUUACUAGGAAAAAAAAAAAAUAAAAUCAUUGUUUAAUUUCCAAUUACUAAAAAUAUAUUUAUUUAUUUUUUUUUGUAAUAUAUUUUAUUUACUUAAAUAGAAUAUUACAUCAAUUUUUUUUUUUUUU